AAAGACACGAAGCGCUCACUGAUACGCUGCUGGUCCAGUCAGUGGGACUGGACUGAAAAGCCUCUCCAUCCACGACUGCAAAACCAGCAGCCCUCUCUCUCUCACACACACACACGUCUCAAAGCUCCCGCUAACCAUGACUGCGAAAAAGCCAAAGAAUAGCGACAAGAGCGCCGCAUCCAGCCAAGAAGAUGCGCCGAAGAAAAGCCAAAAGAGCAGCCACAACGGAGCGAGUGCCCCCGGACCUCAGGGGUCGCCACGGUCAGGCAGCUGCCUGAGUCUUCUUGUGACCACGGUGUUUUAUAUGGCGUUAAUAGGUGCUGCAGGAUUCGCUGCUUUUCACGUACAACAAGUGCUGGAUGAAGUCCGCCAGACGAACGCAAAACACGAGGAGAGCGCACGGCAAAGCGCAGAACUGAGCGGCAAAGUGGAAAGUGUCGUUCAACAGGUGGAGUCUCUCAGGGGUGUUGUGGAUGGGCUGGAGUCAUCUCUGGGGAUCACACGGGUGGAGCUGGAGGGGGCCAUCAGUCGAAUGAAGAGAGGCGAGGUGGAGACGAGGAGAGUGGAGGAGGCCCUUCAGAGGCUCCAGAAUGAUAUACUCAGGGACCUUUCGGAGGGUAUCAAGGAAGUGAAAGAGGCUCGAGAGAAAGACUUCUCCUCUCUGGAGAAGACUAUUGAGGAGCGCCUGGCUGAGGCCAGUCAGUCCAUUAAAGCCAGCGUGGCAGAGUUCACUGAAGCUCAGAGUGAGGCGCAGAGCCAGCUGGCUGAUCUUAAAGCCCGCCUGGGUGACAUCGAAGACCCCGCUCUCAUCAAACAAGAGCUGUCGGCCAUUGUUGAUGCUGUAGCUGAAAUUAAAACAGCCAAAGAUGCAGCUGACUUGUCAGGUGAUUCCCUCAGACAGCAGAUCAGUGCAGUGAGGGAAGAGCUCCAGACUCGCAACCGAGAGGUGGCCUCAGUGUCUCAGGAAAUUGAGACAGUGAGAAAAGUAAUGCAAGACACCACUGGGAAUCUGAGGGAGACUCUGUCUUCAACCGAGGCUUCGCUUCAGGCUCUGAAGGACAAGGCUGUGAUGCUAGAGAGUGGCAUGGAGCAGUUUGUCGGUUCUGUUCGUAAUGUGGAGGAGCAAGUGAAUGAAGCAGCUACGCAGGCCCUGCUGAGAACUGAUGACCUUGCAGCCAGAGUCAAAGCAUCGGAGGAGAACGUAGUCUCAAUGUCUGCGUCAGUGUCAGACAUCAACUCCAAAGUACAAUCGCUGUUUGACAAACAUGAUGCACAUGAGAGCAGUUUGGCUGCACAGGGGAAAGCUGUGGAGGACAUUAAAAGUAAUUUGGAGCAAGAACUGGAGGCAGUGAAGAGCAGUUUGGAGGAUCUCCAGUCUAGUAUAGCUGCUCUAGAAGGAGACAAGACAGAGUUACCUUCAGCAGACUCCAGCCUGGGUGAGCAGGUGGAGGACCUGGAGAAGAGGCUCACUGCGUUGGAGGACAACAGCAGCAGGAUGAAGCCCGAGCAGCUGGAGAACUUAAGAGACAUGGUAGCUGGAUUGGAAAGCAAAGCAGCCAAGCUAGAAGGCCACGAUCAGGCUAUCGCUGCCCUGCAGGAAGCCCUGCAGAAGACCACAGAGUCACUGGCAGGCCUGUCUGAACAGCCCGACAUCACGGAGGAGUAGUUAGCAAUGUCCCAUCGGGAUGUCAGAACAUCCAACAACAGGGUCAAUAAUGAAUCCAAACGGGUGACAAGCUUUUCCUAGUUUUAAAAAGAAAGGUUUUUCAGAGUUGAUGGUUGAUGCCGUGAGGUUGCGCACUAGAAAAGAACAAACACGUGGACAGUUAGGGCAGGAGUGAGAGGGGCAGAGAUGGACUGCUGAUCUGUGAAUCCACACUCAUUCUGCACUGUACUUUUCUAUUAUUAUUUUUUUUUCAAACUCACCGUUUUUGUGCCAGUUGGCUGUUUUUAAUCUUUCUAGUGGAUCAAUAAGCCCGUUUUGAGCUCCCCGUUUUUAUUCACUUUGUUUUUUGUUUUUUUAAGAAUUAAAAAAAAAAACCUUGUUAACUCAAAA